AUGUCCAUCGCACAAAAGACAAAGACAAGCUACGCCGACAUCAGGGAUAUUUCCCUGGUAGAUUUCUUGGACGUCGAGACUGAGCGUACUCUGCUCGCGCAUGAACUGUGGAAGGACCAGGCCACCAUCGUCAUCGUGAUCCGUCGCCCCGGAUGCCAGUUCUGUCGUGAGGAGGCCCAGAUCUUUGACGCCCAACGCGAAACCAUCGAGAACGACAUGGGUAUCAAGAUGGUGUGUAUUGUGCACGAGAGGGAGGGCGCGGAUGAGUUCCAGAAGGAGUUUUGGCAUGGAAAGGUCUACCAUGACCAGGCCAAGGACUUCUACAAGGCUCUUGGAAACGGUCGUCUGCGAACGGGAGGAUGGGGGCAGUUGAUUCAUCCUUCGUUCUGGGGAAACUUGAUCCGUAACAAGCGGUCGGGCGUCAAGGGCAACUUUAUUGGCGACGGGAGCAUCCUAGGAGGCGUACUGCUCGUCCAACAAGGAGACCAAGGCUUGGCAUACGAGCACAUCGAGAAGGUCUGGGGAGACAUUGCCCGUGCAGACCGAGUCCUGGAGGCUGCCAGUCGGGUCUCGGGGGUUGCGAUCAACAAGGAGAAGGUUUUGAAGGCUCAGAAGGACCAUCGGGCACUGCAUGAUAAGAUGCAAGCUUCUUCUUUGGCUGCUGGGAAGGGGAAGGCGCAGGAUCAGGGUGGGUCUGAGGGGUCGGCUUGUGCUUUGCCUGAACAAGUGGAGGCUCAACAGCAGCAACAGCAGCAGCAGGGUGUUUGA